CCAGUUCUCCCCCCACCGCACUGUUCAACAUGGCUCCCGCUACCCGCUCUGCCUUCGGCCUGGCCCUCAUGGCCCUCCUGGCCCUCACCGCCAUCGCCGCCGCCUCCGAUGUUGUCGACCUCAACAAGGACAACUUCGACUCCGUCGUCAACGCCGAGGGUGCCACCUCCAUGGUCGAGUUCUUCGCCCCCUGGUGCGGCCACUGCAAGCAGCUGGCUCCCAAGUACGAGGAGGCCGCCACCAAGCUCAAGGGCAUCGCCACCAUUGCCAAGGUCGACUGCACUGAGCAGACCGAGCUCUGCCAGAAGCACGGCAUCCGCGGCUACCCCACCCUCAAGGUCUUCCGCAACAAGGGCGACAGCGUCGUCGACUACUCCGGUGCCCGUGAGGUCGAUGCCCUGGUCUCUUUCAUGAAGAAGCAGGUCCUGCCCGCCGUCUCCACCUUCGAGAAGGCCGACGAGCUGACCAAGUUCAUCGAGGACGACCGCGUCGUUGUUGUCGGCUUCUUCGAGGAGGGCGACGCCAAGGCCGCCAACUUCAAGAACGUCGCCGAGAAGCUGCGCGAGAAGAUGUCCUUCGCUUCGACCACCUCGGCCGACCUGGCCAAGGCCCACGGCGUCACCGCCCCGGCUGUUGUCCUGUUCAAGAAGUUCGACGAGGGCAAGAACAUCCUCCAGGGCUCGGACUUCUCCGUGGACACCGUCCAGAAGUUCGUCUCCGACAACUCGGUGGCCCUCAUGGAGGACCUGAACCAGUCCAACUACCAGCACUUCGCCAGCUCCCCCCUGCCGAUGGCCGUCCUGUUCGUCACCACCGACGAGCACCGUGCCACCCUCGGCAAGGGCGUCGAGGCCAUCGCCAAGGAGCUCAAGGGCAAGAUGAACUUCGUCUACCUCGAUGCCACCAAGUAUGGCGCCUUCGCCGAGGCCCUGAACCUCAAGCAGGAGUUCCCGGCCUUCGCCAUCCAGGGCCAGAAGGGCGCCAAGUUCCCCCUGUCCCAGGAUGCGGCCAUCACCGCCGAGGCGAUUGGCAAGCUGGCCAAGGGCAUGCUCGAUGGCUCUGUCACUCCCACCCUCAAGUCCGAGCCCAUCCCCGAGAAGCAGGAGGGCCCGAUCACCGUUGUCGUCGGCAAGACCUACGACUCGAUCGUCAACGAGAAGGGCAAGGAUGUCCUUGUGCAGUUCUACGCCCCCUGGUGCGGCCACUGCAAGAACCUCAUCCCCAUCUACGAUGAGCUCGCCGGCGACCUGAAGUCCAACUCCAACAUCGUCAUUGCCAAGAUGGACGCCACCGCCAACGACCUGCCCCUGGAUGCCGGGUUCGAGAUCCACGGCUUCCCCACCAUCAAGCUGGUCACCGCCGACGGCAAGGUUGUGGACUUCAACGGUGAGCGCACCGUCGAGGGCUUCAAGAAAUUCAUCGAGGCCAACGGCACCGCCCCCAAGCCCGCCGCCGCCGCCGCCGCCGCCGAGGAGGAGAAGAAGGAGGAGAAGAAGGACGAGAAGAAGGACGAGGAGAAGAAGGACCACCACGCUCAUGGUGACCUGUAA